UAAUUGUAUAAAGAGUCGCGUCCCCGUAGUUCGCGUUCCAUUCUGUCUUCGUCUUGGUUGCAGCUUCUGUUUCGAGCUUCUCAAAGAUGAAGGUGGUCGCUGCAUAUCUGUUGGCCGUACUCGGUGGCAACACCAGCCCCGGACUCGAUGAUGUGAAGGAUAUUCUUAAUUCAGUCGGGGCUGAGGUCGAUGUGGACAGUAUUAACUCGCUAUUAACCCAAGUGAAAGGAAAAGAUAUCACCGAGUUGAUAGCUUCCGGACGGGAGAAAUUGGCGUCAGUGCCGUCUGGUGGCGGGGCAGUCGCCGUCGCCGCCCCUGCCGGUGCUGCCGGUGGUGGUGGUGCAGCACCAGCCGCAGCCGAGAAGAAAGAGGAGAAGGUCGAGGAGAAAGAAGAAUCCGACGAUGACAUGGGUUUCAGCCUCUUCGAUUAAGCAACUCUUUUGUUGACGUUAUCAGUUAGUGCUUUAGUUUACUUUCGUUCAAGCUUCCGAGCUGUGUAGCUUGGUAGGUGUUUUUCACUUUAACUUCAUUAGUACUCACAAAUUUUGAUAGAUGAAAGUGCAAUUUUCAGUUUGAACUUCUCAGCGACAACUGUCAUUUGACUUGCGUGAUUUAUGAUUCCCGUCUCAUUUCAAUAUGCAUGAUUAAUUUAGAGUA